AACGCUUUAAUAGCUCGAUAAAGGAGAAUCCAUUUUUCUCUAGUAGACGUUUCUUUGGGAUACUGCUUAAAUUUAGGUGCGAAAUUAGUGCUUGAAAGUGAAAACAAACUUACGUCCCAUUUCGGAAACCCCCUUUUGGCUAGCUGAAAUUCCAAGUGGCCCGGAAUUGCGACGUUAUUGACUGCCUUUAUUUAGCAGAUUCACCUUGAGAAAACUUAUUCUUCAUAAAGUACCAGUUGGAAUUCACCAAACAAAUGAAAAUGAAGAUGCCUGACAACAGUAUCGGUGGAAGCAGCUCAAAUAGUUACACGCAUAUUGCCAUCGCCGUCGGAAACGCAUUAAUCAACGCGGGUAUCGGUGGCGGUGGCGGAGGUGGUGGUGGAGGUCAAGGUGAUGGAGCUGGAACUACGUACUUUAGUGACCCAUACGACUCCGAGCCCGAGAGCAUGAGCACACCACCGAAUGAAGACCAUUCGGCCGGCCCCGGGGACGACUUUGCCGAGUACAUGUGGAUGGAAAACGAGGACGAAUUCGACGAGCAGGAACUGCAGCGGCUCGAAGAAGAGGAACUGAUGGACCAAUGCAUAGAGGCCAUGAUCCUUGACGAGAUGGCUUCUGGCGAAAGGAUGACAACGGUGACCGGCAGUGUCCCAAGAGAAAGCGGUCUGAUGAAUAUUCUUUCUAGCCUACAGCUCGACAAAGGCUCACAGCAGCAUCUAUCGAAACACGUAAACGUUGAACAAUCCACACUAAAUCCCUUGGCCGCCGAAUUUGUGCCAUCGCUACGCACCCUGAUGGCCCCGAUCUCCUACUGAAAGGCAGUGGUUGUAAAGCAUCCUAAAGGUACGCAAAUACUCAAGGCUAAAAAUGUGAAUAAUGUCCGAUUUUGUACCGCUGUUGGCCCAAACACAAUGAACCACAAACCCGUUACUUAUGUAGCGAUGCGAG